AUGGCUGUGGCACAACCCCCCUUUGGGUUCCCUCAGUUCGUGCCUGCGUUGCCCGACGUCUCUCAAACAGCCUCAGUUCUCGCUGCCGCGCCAGCUCCUUACCAGGAACUGAUCCGGAGACUCGAAAUCUGCAAGCAGAAGCUGACCGCCCAAGAUGGAACGUUUCGCUCCACAGUCAAGGAACAUCUCAACAUGGCCGUCAACCGGCUAGAGAUUGCACUUCUGCAGCUUUACAAGCUUGCCGUGUUCAUUCGCGGAGACUAUGAUGAGCGAGAAGAUGACCAUAUGCAAAAGGUGGCCAUUUUUGAUCAGUGUUCCAGGGCUUUCGGUGACUGUCGGGCAGCCUCCCAGGCCGGUAUAGAGCAGUUGAGGAGUAUCCACAUACAGGUCGACUCCUUUCGGGCAGAUGAAAUCAAGCAGCUGCAGUGGGACAUCCAGGGAGCGUUGGAGCAGACGAAGAUGGAGAUGGACGCCAGCCGGCAUCAGACCGAGCGGAAUCAGCACGACGUCGAACUAUGGGCUCGACAGCAAAAAGAGGCUGCAGAUGCCCUGCAACGAGCCCAAGAUGAGAGAGAGAACACAGGUAACCAGCUUCCAGAAGGCUUUUCGUUUCUCGGAGGCUUUGUGUUCGGCGACGUGAAGGGAAACACUCGAAAACUCGAACAAGAGACGAGCAGAUUGCACGACGCACAGGAGCAGUGGUUGCAAGCUCACAACUCUCUGAUCGAGGGGAUGAACCGGCAGAACGAGCUUAGUGUUAGGCAUGUCGCUUUGGAGCAGCUGGCUCAGCAGAUGCCUACACUCCAGGUGACGACGGAUGGGCUCAACAAGGACUUGGCUGCGCUUCUGGGUGGGUUUGUUGAUCUCGAGAAGAGAGCGACCGGAUUGUUGCUCCUCAUCGAUGGGAUGAAGCACCGCGCUAUGGUCACGAUGCGGCAGGCGUACAGGAAGGCUAUGUUUGCCGAGGGGAUCCUUAAUCUCUGCCUUAUGGCACUCAUCGAUGGCCGUGUCUGCGAUGAGGUCAAGACUAUCACUCUUGAGAUUUCUGGCGGCUACUCUGGCCAGACUGUUCCGGAGAGUGUCUCCAAGCUUUUGACCGAGGUGGGACAGGCCGCUAGGGAAACUGCGCAGAAAUCCAUCACUGGCUAG